AUGGACUCCGACAAGAGAGACGAGGACACCUCGGUCCAGUACACCGAAACGGCGGUCGGCCGGCCGUCAAAGAAGAGUUUGUUGAUCGCACACGUGAAGCGGUUUUGGUGGGUGCACCUGCUCAUCAUCUGCUGCAUCGUGGCGCUCGCCGUCCCUCUCACCAUCUUUGUCGGCAUCAAGCACCUGGCCCAGAGCCAGCUCAACAAGGCCACCCUGGCCAUCCAGGGCAUCACCGUCACCAAUUCCACCACCGAGAGCUUCCAUAUGGCCAUCAACAGCACCAUCAAGGGCACCAAGACCAAGGCCACCGUCCACAGCUUCGUCGGCGCCAUGUAUCUCGAGGACGAGCCGGGCCACGUUCCCUUUGCGCACAUCAACUUCCCCGAGACCAAGAACAAGCCGAUGCAGUCGGUCAACAUCAGCCAGCUUGUCCCCAUCGAGAACUUGGCUGCCCUGACCACCUUCAACUCCUGGAUACUCGCCAAUGAGUCGGUGCGCGUCACUGUUGACGGCAACACCACCAUUAAUGUGCCUGGUAUCAGCCACAAGUACCACGUCCACUUCCACAAGAUCCUCACCCUGACCGGCCUGGACAGUUUCUCCGGCAUGUCCGUCGCCAACUCCUCUGUCACCGCCAGCAACUUCUCUGACGGCAGCAACUUCCACACCACCGUCACCAUCCCCAACAAGUCGGUGCUCAGCUUCGAAAUCGGCAACGCCACAUUCAAUACCUACUUAGAGGAUACGUAUAUCGGCCCAACCUACAUUAACAACGUCUUCCUUCACCAGGGCGACAACGUAUACCCCCUCCACUCUAAAUUAGCAGCCAUCCCCGUCCUCACAGCCCUCGACUCCGAACCGUACUGCGGCAACGGCACGCUGCCCAUCACCAUCUCUGGCAGCACUGUUAGCCGCAACGGCGAGAAUCUGACCUACUACUCCGAUGCUCUCGCCUCAUCCAACGACACCGUCCAGGUCCCUCUGGCCGAUGCUUUCAAGGCCAUCGGCAUCAACGCCAAGUGUCCGAGCAGCUAA